AUGCCUGCUCAAUUAGUCAUCUUCGACUUUGACGGCACUCUUUUCGAUACCCAUCAAGCCAUCUCUCACAGUAUCAAGCUCACCUUCGACACACUCCUUCCAGCCUCAGCUCCAGCAGAGUCUGAGGUGCAGAAGUUGAUCAGUUCUGGCUUGGGUCUCAAGGAAGUUCUCAAGGAACUACAUCCUUCUCCCGACUCUUUUGAAGAGGGUGAAUGGACGUCAACGUACCGUCGCUUCUACAAUGACCAGGGACAAGAACUUGUCUCGGCAUUUCCUGGGGCUAAAGAACUUUUGAAAAAGUUGCAUGAAAAAGAGAUUUAUGUCGCCAUCGUCAGCAACAAAGGUGUAGCCGCGGUUGAGACAGCACUAAAGAACAACGGCAUUGACACCAUCCCGCAAGACUUAAUCGUCGGAGACAACACCCCUGGCGCAACGCGAAAGCCGGACACUGGAAGCUUCGAGAAUGUUUUGCUCCCGGCCCUGAAAGCUCGUGGACUCUCACAUGUUGACGUUUUGAAACCCUUAGUCGUUGGGGACACAGAGGCAGAUGUGAAAUUUGCCGCAAAUAUUGGAGCCAAGUCUGUUUGGUGCAGAUAUGGAUAUGGGGAAAAGAGCGCAUGCGAGAGGUUGAAGCCAAAUUUCACAGUGGAUUCAUUAGAUGAGGUUGCGGGAAUUGUUGAAAGGAUGUGAUUGAUCAAGAUUUCGCCGGUUGGGCGAUAAAUCUUCAUGGAAAGUAGGAGACUUUCAAAAUUGGUGGGCUGCGCGGGUUAUCAUAUAUAAGUUGUACUUAGAGUUCAGCUUAUCGACCUUGAAGCCCUGAGGCGAGAGGCGAAUCCUGUGCUCUCUUCAUGAAAGCUUAUUAUGGCAGCUUGAACCAUCAGAUGUGUUAUUUGCAGUUGAGAUGUGUCGCU